CCUGUGUAGACUAUAACUACAGCAACUACACCAUUAUAGCAACUACAACGACUACAACAGCAAAUCAAUUUUAUUUUAUUUUAUUUUAUUAGUUUUCUCUCUUUCCUUUUCUUUCCGUUUCUUUUAAUAUUCGCCCAUGGCGUCUUCAUCAAACUACCACCUGUCAGCAAUAGCCGCCGUCACAAGCAUUGCAUUGGCAGCCUCAGGUUAUGCCUUAUCAACUUCCAUCAGCGACUCCAAACGACGAAGAAGACGCAUUGCAACCAAGAUUAUGAAAGAGCGAGACGGGAAAUACAUCCAAGGUUUAAUCAACACUGGAAAUUCAUGCUUUGUCAAUGCCGUUUUACAGGCACUCGCCACCCUGACUUGUCUCAGGUCCUACUUGGCAGAGCGUGUUGAUGACCCAGCAGAGGAACCCGGAGAUGCUCCCGUCACUAGGAAUGAAGCUAUUCUUAGAUCCGUAGCUUAUGCUCUCUACACAACUGUUGAAAUGCUAAACAGACCCCUGGCAAGGCCACGCUCAGCACUUCCGACCGAUAUAAUCGAGGCUUUAGAAAGAAAGACCAAAGGCACUAUUAACCGUGAUCAACAGGAUGCCCACGAAUUAUUCCAGAUAAUAACUAGUGCACUGACAGCAGAGGAAGAGGACCAGUACAACCCCCGGGCAACAUCUCUGUUUGAUCCAACCGCACUUCGACAAAUGACUCUCGAGACUGAAGCCUUGACUAAUAAUGCCAUGGAAAACUUUGAAACGUCUUCCAUGUCUUCUAUCGGUACAAUGGGAUCUAUGUGGAGUUCAUUUUCAGUAUCAACUGUAGGAGGUCAUCUUCACCCUCGCUCACGUCGUCCAAGAAACCCAUUUACAGGUCUGGCUGCAUCAAAGAUCAGCUGUAUGAAGUGCUCAUACACCGCUCCUAUUCGUCACCAUACCUUUGAUAACAUUUCUCUAACAGUACCCCAGACAUCGAGCUGCACACUCGAGAACUGUCUUGAUACCUAUACAAAAGUCGAUACCUUGACCGACUUUCAAUGCCGUAAAUGUGUGUUGAUUUCUACUGCUGAGGCACUCUCACGCGAGUUGGAUCUCCAGCGGAGUCAAGUAGAAAACGGAACAGGCUCACCCGAGCGUAUUAAGAGGCUUGAACUGGACAUUCAUAGACUAAAAGAUGCCAUUCAUUUCAACGUAGAAGCCUCACUUAAGGGAAUUUCCUUGCAGCCACCUGCUGAAAUGGCCAACACCACCAAGCAGACCAUGUUUGCCAAUCCUCCAAAGGCACUUUGCCUUCACCUCUCGCGCUCUGUCUACCACCCAUCCGGGAAUAUUCAAAAGAACCACUGCAAUGUCAAGUUCUCCGAAUUCCUUAAUCUUUCGCCUUACACCACCAACGGAUUCCUCAACACCGGUGACCCAUCUGCUGCCCUGAGCUCGCACAACGUUUCGGGCGGUUCAUCGGCACGCCUCAUGCCUUCCCCAUCGCGCACUAGUCGUACCAGUCUUGUGUAUUUGCGCAACAUGGCGGGUGGUCAACGCUUUGUGCAUGGCAGAGAUGGUCUGAAUGUAGCCCUCAAGUCCAAGGAUGAAGACGACCAACGGAUCAUCCGGAACGCACUCCCUUCCAUGACCCUACCCUCUCUGCGGGGUAUUCAGUACCGUCUCAGCGCUGUGGUGGUCCACUACGGUGGCCAUGACUCUGGUCACUUUAUUACCUAUCGCCGUAAGAAACUCCCUACAGGUCUCGAUAUCCGGUCACCUCUUGAAACCAACGAUUCUCGUCCACCCACUAAAUUCUGGAGAUGUAGUGACCAAACAAUCGAAGAAGUCGAUAUUAAUGUUGUUUUAGAAAGUGAAGCCUACAUGUUAUUUUAUGAACGCGAUGUGUAAAAAGAAAUGAAGAAUGAAAAACACAGCAAAAAAGAAAAAGGAAAAUCAAACUCUCCAAAACUCUCCAAAACUUUCCCCUUACUCUUACUUUCUCUCUCUCUCUCUCUCUCUCUCUCUCUCUCUCUCUGCCUUUUCUGUUUUCAGCCAAAUCCCAGAAUUUACACAUCCGCAACUCAAUACACACAAUAAAGGAUCGACGCGUUUUCCAUCUUGCUUUCUGGAAAUGCAAUAAUGAAAACCUCGCCUCGCCUCGCCUCGUCUCGCCUCACCUCACCUCACCUCACCUCACCUCACCUCACCUCACCUCACCUCACCUCAACUCAACUCAUUUCAACUCAUUUCACAUAUUUCUCUCGCUAUAUAUAAAAAUCUAUAUUUCAUGCUUUUCUUUCUAUAUAUAACUUUUAGAAGCCAUAGCAUAAAAAGAUACGAAAUAAAUGUAGUAAAGAUUUUAGGAAAAAUUUAGACAUCUACCAAACAAAGGAAUCUUGAAUAUAAAAUUUAAAUAAAAAUCAUAAAGAAAUUACCAU